ACGAGAGACAGUCAAGAGACUGUCAGGAUCAGGAGACGGUCGUGAUCGCGUGCUCUCUGUGGAUAAUUGCACAUCGCGUCUCCUUGGACUGUGCACCUGCUACGGAACAUCCUCAAACCAAACCUGCUAUACGAAUAAAACAUGGAGCAAAGUAUUAUUCCUCGCUCCUUGUGGACUAAUGACAGCAAAUUUCUCCACCACCAUGUCACGGGCUUCUUCACCAGUGUAGAAGUUACACAGGAUAUACCAGCUGGAACAUCAUUUGGACCUUGUGUUCUUCAUAAUACCUUUUAUGACACUAUAGCCUUCAUUGCAUUGAAGUCCUUUGACAAAUGGAAUAAAUCAUAUGUGUUUCGGGUAGAUCCUGAGGCGAUGAAAGGGUCUCCAUUAGUAGUUCCAUGGCUACGGUUAGUACAGGCUGCAAUGAGCGCAGAAGACCAGAAUACUGAGGCCUACUUGAAAGGAGGACAGCUGCACUUUCGGACUAUUCGAGAUGUGAAACAAGGGGAAGAACUGCUUGUUUGGUAUGACGAGGAGUUGUCACAUCUUUUGGGGUUUGAAGACAUAAAGACAAAAGCCCUGACAGAUGGCUACACAUGUACGAGAUGCGGCCAGGCCUUCAAGAAUGAAAAUCCUUUCCUUGCCCACUGCCGUUUUUUAUGUGCGCAGGACAAAGUAGAUAUUAUCCGACCAACCAACGAACAGAAACCAGAAGUCAAGCGACAACGCAAAAUCAUAGAUUUUCACAACAUUGCAAGAGAUCUAGAGCACAAAAUGAGCGGUUCUCCUGAAGACUCGGGCAUACCUAGAAAAAGAAAACAAGAGGGUUCCCUAAGUCCCCGGAACAAAAAAACGGUUUUAUUAGAGAAAACCAACAUCACUAAUCACAGCAACAUCGCCAACAUCCACAAAGACUGUCCACCUUUCCAGGAGUUGUCAGAAUCAGACAAAUUAUCAACAAAUGAGUCAAUGAUAAGUAAAAGCAGCGCAUUUACCGAGGUUCAGAAACCACCAGAGCAGUCAUCACGGGAUCUAAAGGUGUCUGAAGUAGGCCUGCAAUCCGACUGCAGCGCCUUCUCGUUCGUUGUACCCAAGAGCGCGCACUCGGAACAGAAGAGCGCGUUUUGUGAACCCAACAAACGCACCAUCACCGAAGUUCUGAAUUCUUCACCACCAGAUUCGGAUAAUAUCUCAGACUCUUUCAAAUCAAAACCUUCACUAGGAUACAGAAAUGUAUUGGCUUCGCACCUGUUUCACGCUGACUUGACAAGCGCUCAUGCAGGUGGAGUGAUCUCCGCUCCUCUGGCUUCAGGAGGAUCCUUUUAUUACGCGCCCGAGCAUUGGACCAGAUCUAUAGGAGGACAGCUGCAGUCCACAUCUUCUUUCACACUUCUACCCCCCACUUUCACACCAUUGGGUGUUUCAGUGCAGAACUGGUGCGCCAAAUGUAACCUCUCAUUCCGAAUGACCUCCGAUUUGGUGUUUCACAUGCGGUCCCAUCAUAAGAAAGAGUUCGCCGCAGAGGCUCAGGUGAGGAGGAGAAGAGAGGAGAAACUCACCUGUCCCAUCUGUCACGAGUACUUUCGAGAGCGGCACCACCUCUCACGUCACAUGACAUCACAUAAUUAAGAAGAAAAGCUCCAUCGCACUUUAACCAGGUAGCCUAUAUAAAAGUAGCCUAAUUAAGAUGCAUUGACCAUAAAUUAUGCAUUUAUACUGUGAUGGUCCCUUGUAGUUACCCAGCUGACAAAAAUAUGUUCUAAGACCGUUUUGCUAACGGCCCCAUUGAGUAAUGAAAAUGUUAUUUCUUAGUGUUCUCUAAAUAUAAGAAACGUUAAAUCUUUUAAAUAUUUGAAAAGCGUUAGUUAUACGAACCUUAAGGGAACGUUCCAUUUGAUCAUAUUGCAAACAUUUAAUGUUACUUUUGAUUGUUCUUUGAACAUUUUAAAACACGUAGUUAGACGAACGUCCAGCUAAAACAUUUCGAAAACACUCCAGGAAAAACGUCCAGCUAAUACAUUCCAGUUUUGAGAACUUUAAAGACCAGAUAACUUAGUAAACUCUCUAUUAACGUUACUGGAACUGUGGAAGAACGUUUAGAACCUUGCCAGAAUGUUUUGAGAACGUUGUCUGUAUAGGCAAUAACAAACUGAGAAAAAGUUGCCAGAAUGUUUCCGAGAACAUUUUCUGUUAACUGGGUUGGUUGCUAUUGGACAGGGGAAGUAUUUUUCUGUAGCAAUACAUUACAGACCGACUAAAAACUUGAACCUUUCAACCAUUUACCAUUCAUGUAGUCUUUGAAAUGGUGGUCUUUGGUAGUGCAAUUCAGGAUAGGCCUACAUCGCCACUAGGUGGCUAUAGACAUGAAUAUC